UUAGCUUCGCAUAUAUUGCCUGUAGGCUUGUCUAUGUGAGAUGAAGCCAUUUCAUAUUUGCCGGAAUUGAUUGGGACACAUUGAUUAGCCUACAGCGGAUAUUGGCCACUAUAACUCAUAAACAGGCAACACCUUAUUAGCAAGCAUGGCAGGCCUAGACGAUGACGAUAGUCUUAUAGAUAUCAGCGAAGAAGAAUUGGAGCCAUUCCUAGGCUCGAAUGUUUAUGUAACUAUUGACGACGAUGUUGAAGUUCACGAUCAUGUGCAGUCUACAGAAGAACAAGAUGGCGAACAUCAACAGGAAGACGUUGAUGAGGACUUAACUUCUAAGCCCCCGCUUCCCAGUGAAUUCAUAGCCUUUGAUGAGAUCGUGACCAGGUACUAUCUCACCCCGUACCUGCUCUAUCUAGAAAACGACCAACGGGUUCUCAACGACAAAGCAGUCAACCUGCGGGAGAGCGAUCGCCAGAGACUUGCCUCGGACAAACUCACUUCUGCUGAGAUUUCAUCAUUGAUACAGGAUGUGGUCCAGUACCUAAACGAGGAAGGCGACCCCUUGUUCAAAGGUGGGAAGCUUAGCAUGUGUGGUAGUGUUGCGGAGGGUACGAAGGUAAGCAGUUGUGACGAGUUUGACUACCAGUAUCUCAUCACCUUAGAUAACUACAAGGCAUAUCGUAAGCCUCUUCUCAGAACCAAACCGAGAGCAGCGAAUCAGGAGAGUAUGGCAUUCUACAAGCUAACAUUACCGUCUGCUGUUGAUGACGGGGAAGGAGCCCAUGAAGGAGAAGUAGAGCUGGUGCCCAAGGAAGUCCACGAGAGAUUCAGACAAGAUGUUUGUAAAGCCAUUAUCAAUCUAAAACUGCCUUACCAACAUUACCUUGGGAAGGCUGGUCCUGCAGUAAAGAUUGCGCUCUGGGAGAAGAAUGCGGUCCAGCAGAAAGUCAUCAAGAUCGACCUCACCGUUGGAAUAAAGGCGGAUCCAUCAAAACUCUUCACGACAGAAGAGUUGACUCCGCUGACAAGAGAUCUUCCAUGGGGGUUGACCUUCAAAAGUCACUUCGUCUGCGCUCAUGACUACUGGAAAAUAUGCUAUGUUGAGACCGAGCAGGAGUUGAUGAAGAGGGUCUGUCAUGACGACAUGCACAAGCUUACUUGUUACAGAGCUAUAAAGUGUCUUCGCGAUAAUGUGGACAUCAAAGAUCCAUACGGUGAUGGCAUUCUUCCCUCCUAUCCAAUCAAGAUGACCUUCUUGGACAUUGCUCUAGAAGCUUGCAAAGACAACACCGAAUGGGAUAUGUAUGACCUUGGGAAGUACACCAUUAAAAUCCUCAGGGAAGUGGAAGCUAGAGGUCAAGGCCACAGGCUGACUAGCCCGUUCGUCAGCGGUGAUGACGUCAUGGCAGAAGCUGACAGAUCAUACUUGGAGAGCCGCAGAAUCCUGAAGGAGUUGAAGCGGAUUGAAGCAGUCUAUUUUGACCAGCAAAGUCUGCUGUUACCAUUUUUGCUUUUCUUCUCAUUUCUGUCCUACCUGUUGACGGUCGUUUACUACUUCACCAAUAUUCUUCGCUAUUCUGUGGAUCCGGAUGAUGUCAUGUGUUGCUUCUUGUUUCCAAACUCUGUUCUCAUAUUUGCCAUCCAGUUAGAGUUGGGCAUCACAGUUCUUGCCAUGGGCAAAGGCUUGAGGACGGUCCAUCCGUUGCAUAGGAUCUAUCCUCACAUAGUUCUGAUGAAAGGCGUCUUCUUUAGUCUCUGUAUCCUACUAAUCUUCGUAUUCUUGUUUUCUGGUGCAAUUCCAGGGUGCACGAACGUCGCUUCGCUAGAAGGAACUUUGACCAAUAAGUUGACUUGCAUUGACAAGGGCCCAUUCGUUUCCUUCCUUGGAGCCCUACUUGUCAUGAUUCCCUUGUUACCAGCGUUGAUAGUAGCCACGUCAAUAAGCCUGAAUGCCAUCUUCUCCCUUGCCAACGGCAAGAAUCUCCUACUUUUUGAUCAUUUCCUGACCUUUCCCCCAUUCAACUGGAAAUGGAGGGCUCCAGAUGGUGAGCUGUACGAAUUUCUGCCAGAGAUCUCUGGUAAAGAAGGACUGACAGGCUUCUCCAGGCUUCGUGCUUUGUUGGUAGCUGUCCUGUCACCGCUGACCACCGCGUUGACCAUUGCCACGACAUGUUUCCUGAUGUUCGAAAAUGAUGUCAGUAACUUUGGGUGGCUCCUCACUGCAUGUUUGGUAAACAUCUUGCUGGUCGGCGUCACAGUUGUCCUCCUCUCGCACCAGGUAUUUGAUUCGGUCGACAUGAAACACUACCUCGGAGGGGUCUGGCUCAUGCGGGCAAAAGCCGUCUUCAGGUUUCCAGGUUGGUAUUUCUUCCCGUAUCAGUUCUGUCAAGAUUGGAAGCCGCUUCGAGAUGAUCUGAAAACUGACUGAAGAAUCAGUGUCCAAGGUUAUCAAAAUGUAGCAUUGGCGGUCAUCAUGUCUUGUAUUACUUUUUCAGCCGGUUUUUGAUUCGGUAUAUGCAUACUUAAAGCAGUACAGUAAAAAGGUUGGAACAUGCAGGGUAAGGCACUCCAACGCCGGGAUGUUCUGGUAACCUAUUUUCCCGCAUCAGUUCUGUCAUCAACUGGAAAACUCCACGAGAUUGGGGUUGAAAACCAGGAAUGUAGUAAAUGGCUCAAUGCCAAAUAAUGUUCAAAUUUUGUAAGUAACGUAAACGUAACCGGGUUUUUGGGCAUGAAUGCAAUGUAUGAAAUAUGUGUACAUUGACAUACAAUGUAGUUGUACCGGUAAUUAAUGUACUGUAUCGUUGCAUCGUUUAUUCAGCACUGAAAGCAUAAUGUCAAGUAACAACCUCAUUUUAUGAUCGCAUAAUUACGAUAUAGUAUGUGUGUGAGCAAUGUACAAUAUAUACCAUUUAUUUUAUAGCCGCUAGCUAGCUCAAGUUGACCCGCGUAGUCGUUUUAAAACAUGAGUGGCCCAAAAGACUUACACUCCGGAUGCGGCCUUAACGUCUCUCACAUUACAUGGGAGAGCGUAGGAUGAGGACGGGACUGAUCCGGGUGUCUACGAGUGCAAUGUUGCAGCGAGUUUACCGAAAUUAGACCACGUUCAUUUUGUUGUUUUUUGUAAUGCAUGCUUUAUUUAUAUUUUCAAUAUCUCAUUUAAAUUGGUCGCCAUGAAGUAGUGUAUAUACUGAAAUCAGAAUCUUAUUAGUCUUACUGGGUCAUUAUAUUGCGUAAUCCGUCGGUAUAAAAUCCCUGAGAUCUGUACUUAAAAAUCUGCACCAUAUUGCCUAAAAAAAGGUAAAUGUAGGUCUGUUGAUGUUCUGUUUUAAAAAGAACAGUAAUUCGGUGGGGGGGGGGGUAUAGUAACUCAUAAACGCGGCCUACUGUAUAGUUUUCUUUAUAAUCCACGGUUUGACUUUUUGCGUGGCCUGCCUUUAGGCUCAGACUCCUCAUGCGUGCAUGAUAUGUUCGUUUUACGUUUUUGGUUAAAAUUUUAGAAAUCGUUUACAUAUAUACAUGUACAUGUAUGCUGUUAUUGUUGGGACUUUUACAAACCCGGUGUUUUAUUGUGUGUUUCCGUUUCUGACUUUUUUCCUCUGUUACGUCUGUACGUGUUUCUCCCGAUUGAAAAAAUCAUGGUGUCUCCAGCUUGUAAGAAAACAGUGAAAUAUGGGGAACAACCACUGAUGUUACACCGGCAGUCAUAUUCGUGUUGUAGUUGAUUUGCUUUUCGUGACGAUAGUUCAGAAAAGCCUAUUCAAAUAUAGACCAUGGGCCACAUCCAAAAAUGAGUUAAGUUUUAAUUUUUAAUUCGUAAUAACAUUUGGGGGGCAGAUUAAUGCUCUUAUCGAGAUAAUUACCGUGCCUAUACUUCACAUAAAACAAAAGGUCCGCAAAAAUAGUUGCUCCUAAGAAAUAAUUUUAGUUCAUCAGUUGCUUCCUAAGCUGGCAGGACUGAAGGAAGCAGGUUCGGCCACCUAAUGCCAUGGAUAUUCUCGUGACUGAAGUCAGUACAUCCAGUUAACGAGCGACUACAUUUGUCACUGGAAAGUUUAUGAUUAAUAUUGUUAUCACCUGAUUCAUCAUGUUAACAGCAUUUUUACUUUGCCCCGAAAUGUUGCCAUGAAUGACAGCUUUUUGGAUUUGGUCAACGGCCUAUAGCGCAAUUUAUAGUGUAUAACAAAUCAUAUCGGACUGAGCUAAUAUGGCAUGCGUUUUGUUCUUAUUAAAUAUAGUUGUUAAGAAAAA